UCAUGAGAGUCGGCGCCCAACCACAAAUACGACAGAAUGUGAAUGACCACAACAUUGUCCACCUUUUUGAAGCUCAGGACGAGAUCGUGCAAGAGAUCGGUACUGGUGUUGAUGUCAUUGUCAACAUCCCACUUGAUACGGGCAAGACCUUGACAUACUCAAUUCCAGCCCUCGACAAAAUUGCACUCAAGAACGACCGACUCAAUCAGGCAAUGACACGCAAUUAUUGACCACCUUUCUACGGUUGGCUUAUCAAGAAGAAUUCAGAAGACGCCCAGGGUCAGCAGGAGGUUGUUACCACCAACCAACAUCAGCACCAGAUCUUCAACGAAAACCGACCUCAAUCAUUAACCGAUUCGAUACAGCAUUCGCCAUCCCACCCUCUCAAAGCUGCGCAUCGAGUAUUUACUGCUUAUGACGCCGUCUCCUCCGCUCUCCCACGAGAGAAAUAGCUGAAACACAUCGACCCUCAGAGAUGGUGACCCUAUCCCUCCGCCACCUCCACCGGCGCCUGGCCAUGCUGCUAUCAAUGUCGCUACGAAACAAGUAUGUACUACUUAGUCAUCACUCUACAACUCAAAGCGGUCGAAUUACUCGUCCAGGUACUCCUCAAGCUACCUCGUUCCCGCCAAUCACUCCGCCCCAGCCGGCAUCACUCUGUGAAGCCACUCACAUCCAAUUCAGGCCCAAUCUUAUGAGGAUUUCGGAGCUUUCGAGCAUGCUCGCAUUGAUCGGGUGUUUAUACGAGCGAACGAAGUCGUCACGGCAACGCAAGGUAUAUAUGCAUAUUUAGCCAGAACAAAUCUUGCCGGG